GAAAAGACACAUUGUAAUUAUUAUUUUCCUCUUUCUGUAGGUUUUUGAGAGCUAUGAAGGAAGAGAAUUACAUGGAGUCAUUCAAGACUUUUGUUAUGGACGGUAUUACAAACAUACAAGAACUUAUGAACAAUAGUUUCAUGAGUGAGUAUAGUUCUGUUGAAAUUGGCAUUGGGUGUGGGGUAGCUCUCUUAUCGUGUCUCCUCCUGUACUGUUGUCUUUGUCGGGCAAGAGGGAGAGAUAAAACAAAGAAGGUACGUGUGUUUGGACGAAUCAAAGAAGUGACCGUUCAUCCAGGGGGAGGGGCCAAAAGGAGGGUAGUUUGGAUUGACCCCUUUAGACUAAGUAACGGAGACUUUCAGAGACGGUUUGAAGACGAGUUGACGCAAUUCCUGUACUUCUUAGGCUCUGAAUGUAUCAGCCAUGAUAAGAAGACUCACAUCAUCUUCUAUGAUAAUGAUGGGAAACGAAACGAUAACAAACAAUAUCAACUUGAAUAUCACUGGCUCCUUCGUCAUUUUGCAGCUAAUUCUCGUGAAUACGCCCACAUACUAAUUAAAUCCUCAUGUAAGCAUCAAGAGCUCAUUGAGGCGAGGGAUCCAGGCUGGAGUGCAAGUGAGGUAUUGUACGAAUUGAGAUCCUCUGGAGUUGGUCAGGUCCACACGUCAACUGAUCUACUUGUAUCUUGGGCAUGUCAGGUUAAUGAUAUCUGUCAUGGUCUACGCGACAAGUCGAAUAAGAGAAUAAGCAGAGGGAACCAUUUAGACGAAGCGUUGGAAGGAGAGGCAUCAGCCAGGAUCAGGGACAGUGUCACUAAUGCUAUGAGUGAUGGUAUGACGCUAGCAGAACUUAUGAAAGAAGCUAUAACACCUUUUCCCAAGGCACUUAGGGAUCAUUACCACAAUCUGUGCUCAUUACAAAAAGUCUAUUGUGAGGAGUUCAUUCCAUUUAUUGACAUCAGUCGCAGCAACAAGAGAAGAUUGGGAAAGACAGAAGAUCCUGGAGAAACAAGGGACAUGAUGCAAGAGACACUGGAAGAGAUAGUGAGCGAAGGUGGCAAUGAUAUGAUGGAGAUAAUGGCCAUGUCAGUUCUGCCAAGAUUCAACCGCUACAUUGAAGCAUGAAGGACAAACUGACCUUGUGUACCAUCAAUACUGUCAUUCAGUGUUUAUUGAUUAAUGAAAUAAUAAUUAGUCAAUCACAAAAAUUAAAA